AUGGCCGAUGAGAAACCCAGCGUCGCGCACGUUGACAACCCCAGCCCUGCAGUCAGCCCGGCCGUGUCCAGGGCUGGCGGGACCGCGCCGUCGUCCUCCUCCGCCCUGCCCGCAACGCCGCCACCCGGGCAUGCAUUCCGGCGCGCGGCAACCAUCGAUGAGACGACGCAGUUCAGACGGCGACCGCUGCUGAGCCAGCUCGCGACCGAGACAUCGUUCGACUCGCCGCGCCGGCGAAGCUCCAACUUCUCAGACUACAGCUUGGGGGAGGCGCGCAAGAGCUUGCGCGACAGUACAGAUGAUAUUUUGAACCCGCGGGGCACGAACCUUGAUAGUCAGGAGGGCUCGACGAGAGCGACCUUGCCUCUAGCGUUUGCACUACUACCUGCCCUCGGUGGCGUUCUGUUCCAGAAUGGCAGUGCAAUUAUCACGGAUGUUAUGUUACUCGGCCUGGCUGCCAUAUUCCUCCGUUAUACCGUCAUGCAGCCCUGGCAGUGGUACCACGCAGCGCAAGAGGUCCGAGUUAGGGAGGAGAUGAUGAUGGAUCUCGCAGUUGACGACGACAGCGAAGGGGAAUACAGUCCUCGUGGGCCACCGGUUCCGCUGUCAGGAGGAACUCUAGACGAUGUCCCCGAGGAAGGAUCGCCACAGGUUCAAGACACAAAGCCAGCACAUACCAAUCCGCGCCGUACGAGAUCGCUGGAGGCAGCCCUCAAUGAACUCUACAUACACGAGGUUCUGGCUCUGGGCUCCUGCUUCAUAUGCCCUGUCAUCGGAGCAUAUCUACUACAUACCAUCCGAGCACAGCUCAGCAGACCCUCUGAGGGCUUGGUCAACAACUUUAACAUCUCGAUCUUUUUGCUCGCGGCAGAGCUGCAUCCACUUUCUCAUGCGAUGAAACUGAUACAGGCCAGGACGCUACACCUGCAACGGGUAGUGAAUGCAAACCCCUAUAGGCAAGAAGAACAGGACACAACGCAGCUAGAGGAAAUGACUCUACGUCUACAGGAGCUAGAGUCUCGUGUCAUGCCAGAGAACUCACCGUUCGGCCAAAACGCUCAGAACACGCAAAAUGGGAACAGCCCGCCGUCCAAGGGCAAGCAGGAAGCGGCCAUGAUACGAGAGGUCCGCAAUGCGAUUCAGCCAGAGCUCGACGCCCUGAACCGUGCCGUGCGGCGCUACGAAAAGAAGGCAACUGUCCUUGCCUUCCAGACGGAGUCACGGCUAGCAGCCAUCGACACGAGGCUGAACGACGCCAUCUCGCUGGCGGCAGCUGCUGCGAAGAACAGUAACUCACAGUGGAACAUUGCCGGCUGGAUUAUGGAGUGGGUCGUCACUUUGAUAUUGUUACCAUUUCAAAGCAUCAUCAAGUUGGUUGCUCUGCCAUUCCGUACCGUAUCGGCUGUUCUGUUCCGCAAGAAGCCGCAACAGGAACACGGUGGCAGAGGCUCACGAACCCGGAAGCCGGCGAGCCACUCACGGCCUGGGUCAGAUCGGGACCGGGAGCGCGAAAGGGACCGUGAUCGUGUGCCAUCACGACUUUCGAAACGUUGA